ACAUACAAUGAAACCAAUAGCUCUAGAGCUAAAGGAAAUGUUUCCAAGUAGUCUCUAAACUUAAAAGAUCUCUAAGUAGUUUACUUUGUUGAAAAUGUAUUUCUACAUAGUUUUAGUAUUUAUUUUUCUAAAUGUAGUUUGUGAUAUUAAUUAUUUGAUCAGAACACUCAUUUCUGUGCUGACUGGCCGGUUGUAUCAACGGAAAUAUUCUCUAGAUGAAACUACCACGAUCUAUGGCAUUUGUACAUUUCAAGAUUGCGACAUAAGCUUCAAACAUAUAAGGAUAGCUAGACUACUUCGAGAUCUUGAUUUCGCACGGUAUCACUUCUACGAGAGAACUGGUAUUUACCGCAGAAGUAGAGAGCUGGGUAUCAAAUCUUUGCAAGGCUGCACCCUUACUAUUACCGACGAUCCUGUGCCUUUAUUUGGUCUCUACAAAAUUGAUACGAAGCUGGUUUAUUGGGAUGACCGUUCUUUGUUCCUGGAACAUGAAGUGAUAACACUUCGAGAUGGUAAAAUUCGUUCCAAGUUAUUAUCUCGCCAGCACGCCAUAGGCAAGAACGGGGAAUCCACGGAAGCACUCCUUGCAAACCUGCCUGGAUCACAAGUCCAGCCUAACUGCCCAGAAUAUAUCAAGCAUUGGUUACAAAGCAUGCAAAUAACUAGCAAGAAAUUGAAAAAGGAUGUUCUCACGAACAAAUAAAGAUUUUAUUUAUUUUAAAGUUAUUAUUUUGAUGCCUUGAUACUGAAUUAAAAGUCAUAGGGAAGCUCAAUAAUAUUAGCAUAAGUGCCAUUGUUUAAAUACUAAUAGCAUCUUCUAGUAAAAUUAAUAAUGUCUACUUAUUACUUUUGUUAUAGUUUUGCAUACUUAAGCAGUUUUAAUUAGCGCUCGUUAGGUAUCUAGCCACAUACCAGCACCUAUGCGAACUUAUUAUGCUUAAAGAGGUAUUAUAUUCUUUAACUAUGAGUUUAAAAUAAUGAAUGCAAAUUAAACAUUGACCGUGUUUCAGAAACCAAGAG